CGAUAUUAUCGAUACUGCCCUCAAUGUUUCCUUCCAGCUCUAUUUCGCGCCUUAUUUUUAGCAUUCCCACAUUUAAGUUUAUAUUUACUGUUACAAUUAAAAAUAGGCUUUAACAAUGGACGCCAAGCGCAAGUUUAAUGGCGGCUCCAAUGGCCAGGCCAAGAAAUUCAGGAACCCCGAUGAGGACGAGGAAAUGGGCUUCGAGGCAGAGCUGGCUGCCUUUGAGAACUCGGAGGAGCUUGACCAGACCUUGCUGCUGGGCGACGGACCUGAGAACCAGCAGACGAGCGAACGUUGGUCCCGCCCAGCGCCGCCAAAACUAGAUCCGGCUCGGGACAACCUGCAGUUCCAGCAGCUCGAUGUGGAGAACUAUUUGGGUCAGCCAUUGCCAGGAAUGCCGGGAGCGCAGCUGGGACCUGUGCCCGUAGUCCGCAUGUUCGGUGUCACCAUGGAGGGCAACUCGGUGUGCUGCCAUGUCCACGGCUUCUGCCCGUACUUCUACAUAGAGGCACCGAAGCAGUUCGAAGAGCGCCACUGCGAAAUGUUUCAGAAGGCGCUGGACCAGAAGGUCAUAGCCGACAUACGCAACAACAAGGAUAAUGUCCAGGAGGCAGUCCUCAUGGUUGAACUGGUAGAAAAGUUAAAUAUCCAUGGCUACAAUGGCGACAAAAAACAGAAGUACAUCAAAAUCUCAGUGACGCUGCCGCGUUUCGUGGCCGCCGCAUCGCGUCUGCUCAAGAAGGAAGUAAUAAUGGCGGAGAUCGACUUCCAGGACUGUCGUGCCUUCGAGAACAACAUCGAUUUCGACAUCCGCUUCAUGGUGGACACGGGCGUGGUGGGCUGCAACUGGAUAGAACUGCCCAUGGGACACUGGCGGAUGCGGAGUGGCCACAGCAAGCCGCUGCCCGAGUCGCGCUGCCAGAUCGAGGUGGAUGUGGCCUUUGACCGGUUCAUCUCGCACGAACCGGAGGGCGAGUGGUCCAAAGUUGCGCCCUUCCGCAUCCUCUCCUUCGAUAUCGAGUGCGCCGGUCGCAAGGGCAUCUUUCCGGAGGCCAAAAUGGAUCCGGUCAUUCAGAUUGCCAACAUGGUGAUCCGGCAGGGCGAGCGUGAACCCUUCAUCAGGAAUGUGUUCACCCUUAACGAGUGUGCGCCCAUCAUUGGCAGCCAGGUGCUGUGCCACGACAAGGAGACCCAGAUGCUGGACAAGUGGUCGGCCUUCGUGCGGGAGGUGGAUCCGGACAUUCUCACGGGCUACAAUAUCAACAACUUUGACAUUCCCUAUCUGAUCAAUCGAGCGGCGCACCUGAAGGUGAAGAACUUCGAGUACUUGGGCAGGAUCAAGAACAUUCGGUCGGUGAUCAAGGAGCAGGUGCUGCAGUCCAAGCAGAUGGGUCGCCGUGAGAACCAGUACGUGAACUUCGAGGGCCGGGUUCCCUUCGAUCUCCUGUUUGUUCUGCUGCGCGACUACAAACUCCGCUCGUACACCCUCAACGCUGUGAGCUACCACUUUCUGCAGGAGCAAAAGGAGGAUGUGCACCACAGCAUCAUCACGGAUCUGCAGAACGGAGACGAGCAGACGCGCCGUCGCCUGGCCAUGUAUUGCCUGAAGGACGCAUACCUGCCGCUGAGGCUGCUCGAGAAGCUGAUGGCCAUUGUGAACUACAUGGAAAUGGCCAGGGUGACGGGUGUGCCGCUGGAGUCGCUGCUCACCCGAGGCCAGCAGAUCAAGGUCCUUAGUCAGUUGCUGCGCAAGGCCAAGACCAAAGGCUUUAUUAUGCCUUCGUACACCUCGCAGGGAUCGGACGAGCAGUACGAGGGCGCCACUGUAAUUGAACCGAAGAGGGGCUACUAUGCAGAUCCCAUUUCCACGCUGGAUUUCGCCUCUCUGUACCCGAGUAUCAUGAUGGCCCACAAUCUGUGCUAUACCACUUUGAUCCUGGGUGGGACCCGGGAGAAGCUCAGGCAGCAGGAGGACCUGCAGGACGAUCAGGUAGAGUGCACGCCGGCCAACAAUUACUUUGUGAAGUCCGAAGUGCGUCGAGGACUGCUCCCCGAGAUUCUGGAGUCCCUUCUGGCCGCCAGGAAGCGCGCCAAAAACGACCUCAAGGUGGAAACGGAUCCGUUCAAACGGAAGGUACUGGACGGUAGGCAGCUGGCCCUGAAGAUCUCGGCCAAUUCCGUUUACGGCUUCACCGGCGCCCAGGUGGGAAAGCUACCUUGCCUGGAGAUCUCUGGCAGCGUUACUGCCUACGGACGCACCAUGAUUGAAAUGACCAAAAACGAGGUAGAGACUCACUACACCCAGGCCAAUGGCUACGAGAAUAACGCAGUGGUCAUCUACGGCGACACGGACUCUGUUAUGGUUAACUUUGGAGUGAAGACCCUGGAACGCAGCAUGGAGCUGGGCAGGGAGGCUGCGGAGUUGGUCAGCUCCAAGUUUGUACACCCCAUCAAGCUGGAGUUUGAGAAGGUGUAUUAUCCGUACCUCUUGAUCAACAAGAAGCGCUACGCCGGACUGUACUUUACCCGGCCAGAGACCUAUGACAAAAUGGACUGCAAGGGCAUUGAGACGGUGAGGCGAGACAACUCGCCGCUGGUGGCCAACCUGAUGAACUCCUGCCUGCAGAAGCUUCUCAUCGAACGGGAUCCGGAUGGCGCCGUGGCCUAUGCCAAGCAGGUGAUAGCCGAUCUUCUCUGUAACCGCAUCGAUAUCUCGCACCUGGUCAUCACCAAGGAGCUGGCCAAGACCGACUAUGCAGCCAAGCAGGCGCACGUGGAGCUCGCUGCCAAGAUGAAGAAACGGGAUCCCGGCACGGCGCCCAAGCUCGGGGAUCGCGUUCCAUAUGUGAUCUGUGCGGCAGCUAAGAAUACGCCGGCUUAUGCCAAGGCGGAGGAUCCGUUAUACGUGCUAGAGAACAGCGUUCCCAUCGAUGCCACUUACUACUUGGAGCAGCAGCUGGCCAAACCGCUGUUGAGGAUUUUUGAGCCAAUUUUGGGGGAGAAAGCCGAGUCUAUAUUGCUCAAGGGAGAGCACACACGGACCCGUACUGUUGUGACCUCCAAAGUUGGCGGACUGGCCGGGUUUAUGACCAAGAAAACCUCCUGUCUGGGCUGCAAGUCCCUAAUGCCCAAGGGCUACGAGCAGGCCUGCCUCUGUCCGCACUGCGAGCCCCGGAUGAGCGAGCUCUACCAGAAGGAGGUGGGCGCGAAGCGGGAGCUGGAGGAGACCUUUUCUCGCCUCUGGACUGAAUGUCAGCGCUGCCAGGAGUCCCUACACGAGGAGGUGAUCUGCUCCAAUCGCGAUUGCCCUAUUUUCUACAUGCGGCAGAAGGUGCGCAUGGAUCUGGACACGCAGGAGAAACGUGUGCAGAGGUUUGGCCUGGCGGAGUGGUGAUUCAAUGCAUGGAAUUACUGAAUUGUUUAAUCCUAUAAUUUAAUAAUUAUAUUACUAGAAGUUA